CAGCUAUCGAGGUUAUGUCUUAACGCUCAGAGACUACGGCGGCCUGUCAGUCGCGGCGACCGGUCUCGGCGGCCAUCCAAGGACGCUUCUUCCAAGCGGCGUGAAACAGGGAAGAGACACUGGAUUGUUGACCGACGGAGAGGGACUGCAGCUGCGAUGCUGCGAGAUCUCUUAGAACACAGAUGUCUAAGAUAAGAACAUUCAGCGACUCGUAUCAAUCCACAGGCUGAGAGCGGACGGAUGCAUCCGCCGAUCCGCAAGAAAGCGUCUUCGGGACAUACUACUACGCGGCACUGCAAGAAUUUAUGGCCAAUCAAGACAUAACGCGUAGACUACGGACCGUGAAACUUGGAAUCCUUCAUUCAAGAGUAUGCACAUUUGGUAUAGAUUAUGUAUCGCUGCAGUCAAUCGCUGAUCUACGUCAAAACCAUAUGAGAGCCCUUAGAAGACAGUGAGCAGCCCAUGGUACCCAAGGGUGAGGGCAUGUCUUCUCCAGGAUUCUAGGCAAGAUUCAGGGACUCGUAAGUACGCUAAGCGGUCUAGGCAAUCGGAGGCUGAGUGCCAGUGCAGUAAGAACGGUCGAUGGAACACAGUGGGAUAAGGAUCCAGGGGGACAGUCUCCAGGCCAGCCUGGCUGCGAGACGAUGAUGAACAUGCCGAGACCAUCUCCGGUGUGCAUGCAAGAGGGAGGAGGGGCGGAGGAUGGAAUAGUGAGAGUAUUAUGUAGUAGGAGCAGGCUACUAGCAGCUAUACAAAGCCUAAAUAUGAGGGGCAAUGCGUAAAACGGAAGGCUGCAUCAAGCAGCAAGAUUAACAAGCACUGCAAGACGCAUGACAGCAGCAGAAACCGCGGACUGGUGUUAGCUAUCGCACUUCAACCGAGGAUUGGUACCACCAAGGAUAAAAGGCUGAGCAAAAUGAGCAUCUGUCCAUCCGAGCUGAUACAGCAAACCCUCCUCCCCCAAUGGCCAACCGACAGAUCCAGCUCAUGAAUGAAGCCCGUGCUCGGGCCACCUUCGAUCCUCGGAAGCUGACGUAUAUCAUAUACGGGGGUCCCGAAGCAGUGCAUGCUCGAGAAGCUGCGUUUGCCACCGCAGAGAAGAAGAUGGACACCACGGACAUGGACGUUCUCCCCGCCGAAUAUGGCGACGUCACCCGGUCCGAGAUGUACAUCCAGGGCCUCCGGAUGGGCAAGGCCAUGAUCGAGGAGCGCACUCAACGAGGAACUGGCAUCUUCGAGUGGAUCACUCCCAAGUACUGGCUGGCCAACUCGUCGCCCUACGGUCUGCACUUCAUGAUGUUCACGCCGUCCCUCAAACUCCUCGGCUCCGACGAGCAGGCCAAGUACUGGGUACCGCUUGCUGAGCAGGCCAAGAUCCUCGGGUGCUACUGCCAAACCGAGCUCGCUCACGGUUCGGCUCUUCGCGAUCUCGAAACGACGGCGACCUUUGACCGCGCCACCGACGAGUGGGUCCUUCAUUGCCCCACAACUGAGUCCAUCAAGUACUGGCCCGGCGGUCUUGGCUUCAGCGUCACCCAUGCAAUUGUCAUGGCCCGUCUCAUCAUCGGCCCCAAGGACUACGGCGUCCACCCAUACAUCGUGCAGCUCCGUUCGCUCGAGGACUUCACCCCUCUCCCCGGUGUCGAGCUCGGGGAUGUCGGCUUGAAGAUGGGCCACAACACGAACGACAACGGCUACGCCAAGUUCACCCACUUCCGCAUUCCCCGGGCUAACCUGCUCAUGCGCUACCAGACGGUCGAUCGCGAGGGAAACUACACCUCCACUCCCGGAGGCAGCAGCCGUCUGUCCUACGGAACGAUGUUGUACGCCCGCGUCAACAUUGCCGCCGCGAUUCCCAUGCAGCUCGCCCAGGCGGCGACUAUCGCGCUCCGCUUCUCGCUGGUUCGCGAGCAAGGCGCAUUGCCCUUCGAGACAGACGAAUCGAAGCGCUCUCCGGUCCCUAUCCUCGCUUUCCCCAUGCUCUCCCUCCGAAUCUUCAUGGUCAUGUCCCGGGCAUUCGCCACCUGGUUCUCCGCCCAGGAAGUCGCCGGCCAGUAUCAAAACUUGUUGGCCCGCCAGGCCAAAGGCGACCAUGCUGCUCUGCCGGGUGUCCACGCCCUGCUCGCCGCGCUGAAGGCUUACUCCGCCCAGACUCUCGCUGACGGGACUGAAGAAGCGCGUCGGUGCACUGGUGGCCACGGAUAUCUCUCGUUCAGCGGUUUCGGUCUCCUGGUCCCGGCAGCGACGGUCAUUGCCACGAUCGAGGGCGACACCUAUGUCAUGUAUCAGCAGGCUGCUCGCUAUCUCAUCAAGUGCGUCACCACCACACGCGCCACCUGGGACCCGAAUGUCGCAUAUCUGUACGCCCCGGCCAGCCAACCGCUGCCCAGCACUGCCGACUUUGGCGAUAUCGCCGUCCUCCUCCAAGUAUUCCAGCACCGUUCGAUCCGUCUCAUCAAGGAAUCUGCUGCGAUCCUUGCCGAGGCUCAGGCCGACGGGAAGCUGUCGUUCUCGCAAGCUUGGAACAAGCACAUGGUCCGCUUCGUCGCUGCUGCCCGGGCCCACAUCGAGUUCCUCGUUCUCCGUUCGUUCGCCAAGGCCGCCAAGGGCGACUCUCCUGAACACAAGGUCCUCGAGCGCCUGUGUGUGCUCUACGGUCUCACAUGUAUCGAGGGCCUGCAGUCCGAGGGCGUCGGUUUCACGGAGGACGGCUACCUCACGGCGGUCCACCUAUCCAACGCCCGCAAGGUCGUCAACGUGCUCCUGGAAGAGCUCUCCGUCGACGCAGCGGCCAUCGCAGACAGUUGGAACUUCACCGACGCAAGUCUUGCUUCUGCGAUCGGCUGCUACGACGGCGAUAUCUACACGCGGAUGAUGAAGUGGACGGAGCAGGCACCCAUUAACGUGGAGGCGAGGAAGAAUGGUGGUGUGAUCAAAGAGGGUUAUGAGGGUUAUCUCCGCCCGGUCUUGACAGGAAGACUGUGA